CAUGGAGAAGUCGUCGUUAGGCAGAUGUUUCGCGACGCGCAAAAGCAACGAGUCUCAAUGUCCGAUGAUCAAGACAUCCGCAGCUACGGGGACGACGCCCAUGAAGCAGCUGUCGACGAGACCGUCCUCGAAAGCGGCCUCGACGAAGACGUCGCCCAGUAUCAACAACACGCAGAAGAAACUACGUUUCCAGCUGGCGAAAGAGCGUAAGGCCAGCACCACGUUGGGCAUCAUCAUGAGCGCAUUCACCUUUUGCUGGUUACCGUUCUUCGUGCUCGCCCUCAUCCGACCCUUCCUCGAUCAAUCCUCGACGGCCGUCAACACUCUCUCGAGUCUCUUCCUCUGGCUCGGAUACGCGAACUCCCUGCUCAAUCCCAUCAUCUACGCGACCCUCAACCGAGACUUUCGCAAACCCUUCCAGGAGAUCCUCUACUUCCGAUGCGGCAGCCUCAAUCACAUGAUGCGCGAGGAGUUCUACCACAGCCAGUACGGCGAUCCCGAACACCACGUGUCGACGCGUUGCCAUCACAUCGACUACGAGGAUGGCGUCGAAUACAUCGAGGCCGAAGGGGAACAGAUCAAGCCGCCUCAGCCGGAGAUCAACGCCGCCCACGAAUCGUUCCUAUGAUCGCGACCGGUCGUGCGCUGAAGAUGAGAAGGAAGAGGAAGCAACCCAACGUACACACAUCCACGCAAAGCAUACAUAUACACAUACACACAAUCACAACCAAAAAUACACGCUAGUAUAAAAGGAAGCAUAAAAGUGAAGCAAUAACCGACGCCAUCUGUCGCAGAACCAUUAAACUAAAUACCAAACACUCGAUCAUGAGCGUAGUUCUAAACUAAAUCUAAACAAGAUAAUCUAUUUAAAUAAUAAUGAAUAUAAAGUUAAAUGUUGUGCUUCGCUUCGUAGACUUCUACUACUACUACUACUUCUACUACAACUCUUCAAUACACUUCAUUUAAUAAAUGAUAUUUAGAAAAUCUUAAAACUUACGUGAUAGAAGUAAAAGACUCGAGGAUCAAGAUGAUGGACGCACCCAAAGGGCUUUCUCUCCUGUACAGGAAUUUCUUAUCAGACUGCCGAGGACCUCAACACGAAACCCGCACACAUCACAUCACAUCACCAUCGUUCAUGCACGUUCUCUAAGAAGAAGAAAAA